GUUAUAGGGCCCUGUGGCCGGCAUUGUAGAAUGCGCGGCAAAAUUUUUAUCAAACACGUAUUCCGGGCAAAUGGAUUGUGUUCUACGAUGUGUGCGUAAUAAGUUGCCUUCUCCCCCAAAAGAGGAAUAUGUUUUUUAGUGAUCGGUGAAGGUUUUUGUUUCGUUGUUCCUGUAACGUCCCAGCUUUGAGCCGAAAAAUGGAAUGUGCGGCUGUCCAGAAGGAUUGCGACAGUGACACCGAAACUGUUGUGUGUUUACUCUCUGAUGACGAGAGCGAACCUGUGAAAAAAAAGCUUUGGUCCAGGAAGAUUGGAAUUCAAAGGAGUCCUCCAAGAUGGACUACGAAUGACAGCGCGGCGAGGAGCGGUGCGAGAAGACUCUCCAGCGAGGUGAUCUACGUGAGGGACAGCGAGAGCAGCAGUGAAGACGAUUGCGUCAUCUUGGACUGCGCGAGUCCAAGAAAGACGUGCCACGCGAGCUGCCUCCCGGCUGACUUUUUCGACCGCGAGACUCCGCCCCUCUCGCCCCGAAGAACUGCCUCCGUCUCUCGGCAGCCGGAGCUUCCUUCGCUCGUGGGAAACGACGGAGGCAAAAGUGUAGAAGUGAAGAAUGUUAAAGUAAAACUUAGAAGAAUCGAUGAACUGUUGCUUGACGAGGUUGCAGUUUCUUCAGGCAAUGAGGAACGCAGUGCACUGGAGGCAAUUUCGUGCAAAAGUGUUACAGAGACAAAGCAAACUUCCAUAGAUGAUAAUCUGAAUAAGCACUACUCAGCACCUUCAAUGAAUACAGCAACAGCAAGAACACCUUUACUGACGGAGAGGUCUCCUGGAAAAAGAAAUGAAAUGUGUAAGAGUAGUUCACAUAGAGUCAAGUCAUUUUCACCUGACAAAUCCAAGAAAAUACGAAUAACAUUAGAAAUACCUUACUCUAAGAUAUUGGAGUUCAAUAACAAUAUACAACCAGAAUUUCUGUCAUUGACAUCACCAGAAGACUUUCAUAAGCCUAGUAAAACCAAAAUUAGUCAAGAAAGGAAAGAUAAAAACCCCUCUAAGGGUCAACUUACAUCAAAAGAUGGAGGGGAAAACCUGGAUAUUGUUGAAAUAGAUUUAACAAAGGGGGACAAACAAAAAGCUAAGAAUGAUUCUUGUGAAGAUAGGAAACAUGCCAAAAAUUCAAAAAGACAUUCUCGGCAUGAAAAUAAAUAUAGGUGUGAAAUAUGUUGGUUGCGGGUGCCGAAUGUGACAGACCAUAUUGUUACACAACAUACCCAUUUAUUUACAUAACUAUCACUAUUAAUGUUAAUUGUAUUUAAUUUAUUGCGUUGCAGCGAAAAGAAUUGUGUAUUUUUGUGCUGCAUGUGAUAUAAAGUUUUUAAGUGUUAAGUUCAUGUGAUAUAAAAGUGUGAUUAAUUUAUAUAAAGGAGUGGGCGUAUUGAAAUACGUAGUAAUUUCUACUUUUGUCAUUGAUUUAAUUUUUAAAUGUAAAAAUGUUUUUGAGCAUUUGUUUGGGUUGUGAGCUUUUCUGUGUUAAUUUAUAAAAGUUCUAAUAUGGCAAAUAAAAUGUAUAGAACCUGUGAAGUGUACUGUAAGUAAAUGUAAAAGAAGUCAUUGGAAGUAGUCACAAGAAAAAGAGUUAUGUGUAGUGCAUAUAAUGUACUGUAAUAAAAAUGUAUAUUACACUUUACGUUAAUAUCCCUUACUGUAACGAAUCGACUCGGUGGUCACAUAAUGGGGAAACUAUGCUUGAGG